AUGUUGCAUAUUUACACUUCAGGUUUAAUAUUCUCGUGGGAUACGUUUCUGUUCUUAACUUUGCUCCCAAUCAAAACUCGUAAGCAGUUCACCUCAAAGGCUCCAUGUCUCUCGUUGGCUGUGCUGCUCCGAGGCGUCACCAUCUGUCAUCCAGCAGCAGAGCUUCAUGUGUGCGUCCUCCCCCCCAGGUCUCCUCCCAUUGUAGAAACAGCUGUAGACCGUGAACCGUGGAGUGCGGGUCUGACACGGAUUACCUGGAUACAGGCUUGAAGUCUGGGUGGGCAUCAACCAGCGAAAAAAGUAGCGUUUCUUUGAUUCUUUUGACUCUUAAAAGUUUCUCCACGUUUCUUUCUUUCUUUCUUUUUUUUUUUUUUAUGGACUCAUUUAAGAGAAGUUCAGCCAUGGCGAGCCGGCUUUUUCACACUCUGCAUUUAUUACUGAUUCUGGAGUUGAGCUGGGGUAAAGUCGUAUCUGAGGAUCUUGGUGAAGCCGUGCGUCAAGGUGCAGAUUUGCCACCGUCUGUGGAGCAGCGCGUCUUUGCGCACGAAAGCGCAAACCGGGACAUGGUCUCCAUCAACAUGUUCAAAGUGUACGAGAAGUACACUAAAGAGCCGCAGAGCCAGAGAGACGGAAACACCGUGAGAAGUUUUAAAGCUGUCCCGAGAGUUGUGCACGGCAGAGACGUGUUCCAGUUCAACCUUUCCUCCAUCCAAGAAUCAGAGCUCAUUCUCUAUGCCUCUUUUCAUUUCCUCUACAAGCGGUCACGCCACCACCAGCGGCCAUGGCGUUCCCGAAGGCCACGCCACCCAUCCAGCGGCCUCCAGUAUCCCUAUAAUUCCUCCCCACAGCUCCUCUUCCACGGGUCGUCCCCAAACUCAGCUUUUGCAACACCACUGGGAAACAUAACUCUGGCUCCUUUCAAGAAGGGUUCUUGGCAAACAAGGGAUGUAACGGCUGUGGUGAAACACACCAGAGAUGUCAAAGAGCUUGUGGUCAAUGUGGAGUUCAAUAUGGGGUUUGGGGCCUCUCGAAUGCAGCAGAAGAGUCUUUACGGACAAGAGCACCUCUCUUCAGCCAACCUGCCAUAUAUCUUAGUAUACGCUGAUGAUCGAGCUAUAGAUGAGCCCAACAGCGUGGCCAUGUCACUCCAGCGAUAUGGGUCCUUCCCCGUAAGUGAGGAUGCAUCCCCCUCAGCUUCAGCCUCAGCCUCGAGGAUCCGGAGGGAGCUCCAUCUCCAGAUCCAAACCAAUGACAUUCCGGAGGUCCAGUACAACACCUUGAAGAAUCAUGAACUGUGGCAGAACACGUAUUUCCCAGCCAAAGCCAAAGCAUCAGGGAAACAUCAGGGAAGGAAGCAGGGUCAGGAAAGCAAUGAGGGCCUGGGUAAGCCCCAAGUGCUGAGCUUCGAUGAGAGGACAAUGAAAAAGGCCAGGAGGAGACAGUGGAGCGAACCCAGGGUUUGCUCCAGGCGCUACCUUAGGGUGGACUUCGCUGACAUCGGCUGGAGUGAGUGGGUUUUGGCGCCAAAGUCGUUUGAUGCCUACUACUGUGCCGGGACCUGUGGAUUCCCCAUCCCUAAAGUUGUGCGUCCUUCCAAUCACGCCACCAUCCAAAGCAUCGUCAGAGCUGUGGGAAUCGUCCCUGGUGUCCCAGAACCGUGCUGCGUUCCAGAGAAGUUGAGUCCCCUCAGCGUCCUUUUCCUUGAUCCGAACAGGAAUAUGGUGCUAAAGGUUUACCCCGGCAUGUCUGUGGAUACCUGUGCCUGUCGAUAGGGCUGGAGCCACCAGAUGUGUGAUCAAUGAAGAUAUUAUAAGGAGAACGUACAUGUAGACUCAGCAUAUAUCACGCGGGCAUUUCUACAUCGGAGAAGACAGUAUUGAUGAGGACAGCUGAGGAUAAACUGAUACGACUGGCAGGGCUCUAGUUCUUGAGUCUCGAUUUGAGAACUCUUUACUGAAUCUUGGGCUAGUCUCUGUCAUGAUCGGACAUUGACUCAUCUCUUGCUUAUCUAACUAUUUUCAGAUGUGGUUUUCUCCACACUGCAUUUAUUUCUCUCCCCUCAUCCAAAAGCAGUUUAAAGAAGUGCACUUAAUACAAACCUGUGUAUGUAACGGUCCUAGAUUUUCGAUAUAUUGACCAGCUGGACGUUGAAGUUAAGUACUAAACUCCUGCAGGUGGAUCUUCAUCUCUGUUGAUCCUUCAUACGCUCAUUCAGUCGUUUUCCAGCACAUAUUCACUUUUAUAAAGUGAUUUGCCUGUUUUCUUUGACAAGAUAAGACUUGACUUUCUCUUGUCUCAGCCUCAACUCAGACCUGGUUUAGGAAUUGGUUUCACUCAGCUCAAAGUCUGGGUUUCCUCCUGACGUCACCCUCUGCUGCUUAUCCCUGUCUUUGGGAUUCACCUGAAUUUUGGAUAAACUGAUGACUCACAGACUCAGGAUGGUCUGAGGGACACAGAGGCUUACAUCCAACCAAAUUAAUCAACUUUUGUCAUGUAAAUACUGUAGUUACUAAUGCAAACUAAAUGGUACAGUGACGCAUUAUUGUCUUUGGACACCUCCCAUAUGUUAGCAAAAAAUGUUAUUCAUGCAUGAGAGGUAAUGUUUUCUUUAAACUAUAUUUCAAUAGUCAUUUGUUUAUAUAUUGUACAUAAUGACACCUACUGAGAUUUAUUGUACCACAAACAGCGAGUAGCUUGUUUCGUGUUUCAGCACAGAGGAAAACGGUGCGUUGCUGCCACCUGCUGCGCAUUUUGGGAAAGUUUAGGGGACUAAAACAUUUUGAAGGAAAAAGUUGUUGUACUUCCUGUGGCUAUUCAGUAUUUCCCUUUAAUACAUAAAUACUGUUUAUCAGAGAUGACAUGUACAGUUUGUAAUAAUAGUAAAUUUCCAUAGUAAAUGAAAAGGGAUAAAUGUAUCCAAUCUUAUAAUUGUUAAAAGUGUAUUUGAAUAGUUAUGUGAUGUGCCCUUUAACAUAUCAUAGAUAUAAUGUAUGCCUGGUAAGGAAAUAAACUGAAUUGUACAUA